UAUUUCCAUCCGCCAUUUUCUUUCUGCGAUCCUUCGAAAAGUCUAAAAACUCCGAUGUUUUUCUGAGUGUUUCCCGCCUCCGUACGGUUGUCAUCACCAUGACAGAGAACUUAGAGGUUAAUCUGAGUCCGCAGGACAAAAAGGACCUGGAUAAAUACAUCAAAUUCUUAUGUCUAAAGAGCAUUCAGGUGAUAGUCCAGUCUCGCCUGGGUGACAAGGUUCGUACCAAGUCCAAACCGUCCACAACCGGUGCAGACUGGUUUAACCUGGGCAUCACGGACGUACCGCGGGUCCUAGCAGAGGGCAAGCGAACCAUAUCGGGUCAGCUGCCCAGCCUGGGCCAGUCUCUGUGUGUGGAGAUCUCACUAACAACCUCCGAGGGAGACUCCAUGAUCCUGGAGACAUGGUGCCUGGGUAUGAACGAUCGUUCAGAAGCCGACAUCAAAGUCAGCUACACGGUGUAUAACCGGAUGGGCAUCCUUCUGCGGUCUCUCUUCACGCUGACGCGCGUGACCCCGGCGUACCGACUCUCCCGCAAACAGGGAACAGACUUCGUCAUCAUGUACAGGAUAUACUUUGGGGACGUCAAGUUUGAGGGGCUUGGGGAGGGUUUCCAGGUGAUGAGAGUUGGAGCUGUGCCCACGCCGAUUGGAACCCUGACCAUGUCAGCCGCCUACCGGACCAAACUCACCAUCCCGUCUGAUGGGUAUGCAGGGCUACAGAUGAAGGCAGACCACUACAUGGCCAACACUCCUCCACGGUACAUCAGCAGAAACCCGAGCGAGCCUCGGUUCCAGAUCUACGCUGACGACCUUCCGGCAGACUGGGAGGAUCCAUUGCAGGAAAUAGGGGUGGGCAGCUGCUCCGUCUCACCUCCCAACCAGAUGACCUUCUCCCGCGCGGCUACCCAGAAUGACUUGCAGCAGUUCACCACAGCAGCCAUCGGGGAACAGGGUGAACACGUGAACCUGUCAGCAGCGCCCAAGGUCGGGGCGUUCGCCCUUGGGAAGGACGUUGUCGGCGGCGACGAUGGGAAAGUCUGUAACGUCCCGUUCGAGCUGCUGACGCAGCAGAAAGCUGAACCCCGCGAGCGAGCGUCGUCGCUAUCCCCCUUCCCCGCUUCCGAACAGACCGGCGCAAUGUUCGACCAAUCAGACUGCCUGCGUAUGACGUCCUACGGUUUAGCCGGCUCGACCGGUUCGUACGGAAGCCAGCUUUCCUCCUCCCCGCACGAGGACUUUGUCGUGGUCGAGGUUCAGAAACCGGCGUUCGGGAAAUGUGACUCCAACAGUGACCUUGGGACGUUCUAUAAGGAGUGUCAGAAUCCCCCGCAGCUCGUCACCUUCGCGGACUCCAAGCAGCCGUGCGUAACCGAUACCCUGGCCUCGUUUUCACAGGAUCUGGCUAAAUAUGAGGACAAUCUGGAUGAGUUUGAUGACUUUGUGCUGUCUUUGCAGGAGGACCAGUAGUUACUUAAGCUAGUUAAGAGCCAGGAACAACAUCUACUCAAGGCUAUAUACAUGUACAACACUGUUUUGCUGGUAGCAUGAAGGGGCAUCUAGAUUCAAUUUGGUAAAAAUGCUGUCAAAAUACUAAAAUGCAGUUAAUUUAUUAGAAAGUUUGAACAGUUCUCCAAGUCACUGAAAUUUGGGUCAGAAAGCUGAGGAAGACCAUGUGAUUGGUUGAAACUUUCGGUAAUUCUUUGAGUUGGAGAACAGUUUGAACUUUCUCAUCUCACAAAGUUGUCUUAGUCUUGGCUUAGAGACAAGGAUGAUAGGAAUGAAAGAUAGUUUUUGUUACUUACAUGUACUUGCCUUACUGAUGUGCAGUAUUGCAGGUACAAUGGAUUUGUCAGUCGCAGUGUAUCUGAGACUUUUGUAAACUAUACAUGUAAUUAUAUAACACAAGAGCAACAAAGCUAAAAUAGACAUGGAAAAACAAGUCAACUUUGUCUUAGUCUUGCCUUAGACUUGGAGAAGAAGAAGGAAAAAAAAUCAAACCCUAAAAAAAUAAACAGUGCUAAAGAAAUGUCUUUUGGAGCAGCAGUUUGAUUUAAAAGGCUUAAAACACUCAAUAUAUUCACGUGUUUUCUAAAAGUACAUGUACAUCUGUGCGUUUUGCUGAUCACAGUUGUAUCAUUUAUAUCUAUAAUGAUAUCAUAGAUAUUGUGUACAUAGUUAAAACAUAAGUAGCAAGCUGUUGCAAACAUGUUUGGUAUGUCAGUGUUGCUACAUGUAACAAUGUUGCCACGUACAGUCAAUGCAAGAAAAAAAGAUACACUGUAUCCAUGUAUAUACUGAUGACUGCAUAAACAAGAGAAUCUAGUAGUAGGUUUGUAAAAAUGUAAAAUGAAUGUUAGUAAAUUUAAGUUGAACAGUUGAAACUAUAAUGUUUCUGUGUGGAAUAUUUCACGUAGUUUAUUGCCUUUGUCAGAAGGGUAUGUUUUUGGUUUGACCAUUGUGGAGUUUCUGGGUCUGUAUGUAUGUAUGUAUGUAUUAC